GCUCUGCCCCGCUGCGACGUCCCUGCCGGGUGGAGUUUCCCUCUUGUUCCUAAUUAGUGCUAAGGAACACUAAUUCGAGAGGGGCCGGUGACGUUCGAAGGCGUCUGGGCAGGAGAGGAGGAGACUCUCGGGGAGCUGGAACAACAAUCAGCGUCUGCGCUUCAGAUGUGCUCACAGACAUCCUCCAGGGCUGGGACAGCGUCGCACGGGGGGGAGCUGAGUGCAGGAGGGCUGUGGGGCUGCUCCAGGGCUCACAGGUAUUUUUGCAGCCACCUGGGGGUGUAUCGGCGUGACACUCGGCUAGCAGCAAGAUGAGCACACGGGGAGAAGCGCUAAUUAUUCCAGUUGGCCUUGAAUCCCGAGUGCUCCAGCUGCAGUGCAUUGCAAUGGGUUCUGCGGCCUUCAGCAAUUAUUUUUAGGAUGCCCGCGGGGCCGGACGCUCGCUAGCCGCAAGCUGAAGCCUGGUGGCCUGUCGGUCUGCAGCCCAUGCGGAGCGCAGCAGGAUGCGGGUGACCAUGAGGCGGGUGCUGCUGGCCGUGGGCUCGGUGGUCGCCCUGGUGGUGACUCUGCACCUUGGCCAGCAGGUCCUGGAGUGCCAGCAGGUCCUGAACAAGAGGAGGCACCGGCUGAUGAGGCCGGAGAACGAGGAGCUGGUCAUGAUGGACUCCAACCACGUGGAGUACCGCUACAGCAAGGAGAUGCCCCUGAUCUUCAUCGGCGGCGUCCCCCGGAGCGGCACCACGCUGAUGAGGGCCAUGCUGGACGCCCACCCCGAGGUGCGCUGCGGGGAGGAGACCCGCAUCAUCCCCCGCGUGCUGGCGAUGCGGCAGGCAUGGUCCAAGUCGGGCCGCGAGAAGAUGCGCCUGGACGAGGCGGGGGUGACGGACCAGGUGCUGGACGCGGCCAUGCAGGCCUUCAUCCUGGAGGUGAUCGCCAAGCACGGCGAGCCGGCCAGGUAUCUGUGCAACAAGGACCCCUUCACGCUCAAGUCCUCCGUCUACCUGUCCCGGCUCUUCCCCAAUUCCAAGUUCCUCCUGAUGGUGCGAGACGGCCGCGCCUCGGUGCACUCCAUGAUCACCCGGAAGGUGACGAUCGCGGGCUUUGACCUGAACAGCUACCGGGACUGCCUGACCAAGUGGAACAAAGCCAUCGAGGUGAUGUACUCCCAGUGCCUGGAGAUCGGGCGCUCCCGCUGCCUGCCCGUCUACUACGAGCAGCUGGUGCUGCACCCCGAGCAGUCCAUGCACGCCAUCAUGAAGUUCCUGGACAUCUCCUGGAGCGACGCCGUGCUGCACCACGAGGAGCUGAUAGGGAAGCCCGGCGGAGUGUCCCUGUCCAAGAUAGAAAGAUCCACGGACCAGGUCAUCAAGCCGGUGAACAUGGAGGCGUUAUCGAAAUGGAUCGGGCACAUCCCGGGGGACGUGCUGCAGGACAUGGCCCACAUAGCUCCCAUGCUCGCCAGGCUGGGCUACGACCCGUACGCCAACCCGCCCCACUACGGCCACCCGGACCCGCUGGUGGUCAACAACACGCACAGAGUUUUAAAAGGGGAAUAUAAAACGCCAGCCAACUUGAAAGGUCACCUGCAGGUGAUGCAGAACACGUCAUCUUCUCACUAAUAAAAUUAACGAUUUCCAGGUUGCUGCGGACAGCGCCGGGAGGCGGGCAGGAGGCUGGCAGGAGGCGAGGCCGGCCGGGUGCUGGCGGCGCUGCCCCGGCCCCGGCCCCGGGACCCCCCCGGGACCCCCCUGGGACCCCCCGGGACCCCCGGUGCCGGUGCCGGGCCCAUUCGGGGCAGGCCGUAAGGGCGGCUGCCGCGCCCCCGCCGUGUACAGACUGUAUUUAAGAGUCAAUUAAUAUAUGCUGUGUUACUACAC